CACUGAACCUGAAUCCCAGUUGACAGACCAGUAAACUCACCCCACAGGACCUGGGGGAGGCAGCAGCUGACGGAAAAAAAACCUCAAGUGAUGUGGCUGAAUACUGCAUGAUCUGAAGACUCUUCACUGAGGACUGCGGACUGCUGUGUAAAGAUGGUAUGGUCAACCCCAUUUCACAGCUAACCAAGCUCAGGCUCACAGAGCCUAAAUCACUUUUCCAAAAAAAUAGGCCCAGCACCGCCUCUGCACACAACCCCACGGGCCUGGCUCAGGAGGGGGCCGGGGCCAGCACGAUGAGCGCCCCAGGCAGCCCUGACCAGGCCUAUGACUUCCUGCUCAAGUUCCUGCUGGUGGGUGACAGCGACGUGGGCAAGGGUGAGAUCCUGGAGAGCCUGCAGGACGGUGCGGCCGAGUCCCCGUACAGCCACCUAGCGGGGAUCGACUACAAGACGACCACCAUCCUGCUGGACGGCCAGCGGGUGAAGCUGAAGCUCUGGGAUACGUCGGGGCAGGGAAGAUUUUGUACCAUAUUCCGCUCCUAUUCUCGUGGUGCCCAAGGAGUGAUCCUGGUGUACGACAUUGCAAACCGCUGGUCUUUCGAGGGUAUGGAUCGGUGGAUUAAGAAGAUCGAUGAGCAUGCCCCUGGUGUCCCUAAAAUCCUGGUGGGGAAUCGCCUACAUCUGGCAUUCAAGAGGCAGGUGCCCAGGGAGCAGGCCCAGGCCUACGCCGAGCGCCUGGGUGUGACCUUCUUUGAGGUCAGCCCCCUGUGCAAUUUCAACAUCAUAGAGUCUUUCACGGAGCUGGCCAGGAUCGUGCUGCUGCGGCACAGGUUGAACUGGCUCGGGAGGCCGAGCAAGGUACUGAGCUUGCAAGACCUCUGCUGCCGCGCCAUCGUGUCUUACACACCCGUGCACCUGGUGGACAAGCUCCCGCUCCCCAUUGCCUUAAGAAGCCACCUCAAGUCCUUCUCCAUGGCCAAGGGCCUGAAUGCCAGGAUGAUGCGUGGCCUCUCCUACUCCCUCACGGCCAGCUCCACUCACAAUAGGAACAGCCUCUGCAAAAUGAAGAUCGUCUGCCCACCCCGGAGCCCACCCAAAAACUGCACCAGAAACAGCUGCAAAAUUUCUUAAGAAAGGCACCAAAAGGAAACAAGCUGGAAUCGCUCUAGGAAAAGCUCUGAAUGGUUACACCUGGAAGAGGGAAGAUGCAUUCAAGAUUCAAGAAAUACGUUUUCAGUUUCUCAUGGGAAUCAUGCUGCUUGGCAAUGUGUGUGAUGCCUUCCAUUAAUAACAGCACGAUAUGCAGCUGGACUUUGAAUUUCUACGUGGAUGUGCAUGUGUUUCUAAAGGGAAAAUUAGUACUCUGCUUAACUCUUGAUAACAUGAAAUUUUAAAUGUUAUUUAUAUCAUAAUCACACUGCAACUUUUUCCGUAAAAUAACCACUUUUGUAAGAAUGUUGAUAUGGCAAUGAUGAGUAUAAAUUCAAGGGAAUUUGAGAAGCAAUGAUAGUGAGAUAAUUCAGAGUCAUCAGUAUUACAAGAGGCGCCUUUUUGUAAACCUGCUUUUUAAUGUCAAAGCACCAAUUUAUAAAACACUGCAGAUGCACAUAGAGAUUAUACAUAACAGAUCUGUCCAGUUUGUGCAUGAAAUGGAUUUGAUAAAGUUUUUGCUAUGUUAUUUUACUACAUUUGGGGAUUAAUAAGUGAUUUAUAUGUAUGUUUUUCUGUAAAUCUACUUUUUUGUACAAGAUAUUCCAAGAUAUGAAGCUAAGGGAAGAAAACACCAAAGAUAUCUCUAGUUACGUUGAACAUAGCCAACAUGGUUUUAAUGAAUCAGUAAGAAAAAAGCCAUUUCAGUAAAGAAUGAAAUGUUAAGAAAUGUUAAUGAAAUGUUAUUUAAGAAAAUGUUUCUUAACAGUAAAAAGGCAUAUAUUUUUCUUUUUUGGUAAAACAAAAAGAAAAAGAAAAAUAUGUAUAAUGUAAACCUGCAAGAUGAGGCUUUGCAGAAAAACAAUGUGAUGGAACACAGGCAGGGAGGCCCAUUAUAAGGCAUUAGGUGAGUCAUUUCUAAAUGUGCUGGCCAGUUUUGAUUAACACCUCACAGAUCAAUGUAGAAGUUAAUGAGAUCCCGUCUGGGAAAGCACUUCUGAGACCUUAGAUGGGAAGGAAGGGAAAGUGAUUUCCAUGUAAUUACUUUUCAGUUUACACUGUGGAUUAUUAUAAUAAUCAAUAUUGGAUGAACUGAGUAAAUAUAAGUCCUUGUACUC